CUGGUCUCUGUCGAACCAACCCGAUUAUCGGCCGUCGGACGUCGUCGGACAGUCUGGAUAUUGAUUAUUGAUUAUUGGAUUGGAUUUCUGUUGGGUUUUUGGAUCACCAUGACUCUGUGGACCGAAGCACUCGAAGAGGUGAUGAUCAACAUGAUCGAGGAGAGGCCGCCGCUGUACAACGUAUCUGAAAAGAACUAUUCUAAUCGAGAAGUGAAGAGAGACUGCUGGCGUCAAAUCACGGAGAAAAUAAAUAUAUCAGAGAAAGAGACGAAGAAGAAGUGGGACUCCCUGCGAACACAGUUUUGCCGCUAUCGCAAGCUCUCUCCCUCAGGAAGUUCUGGGACAGACAAGACUCCCAGACAGCGGUGGAUAUUGCGGAGGUUACGGUUUCUGGAACCGCAUACGAAAAGCAAAGAAAGUGGACUUAACCUCACUCACACGGAACCACCGGCCUCUACUGACACCAGUUCAGGCGCCCCUGUUGAUGACUUGGACAACGACCGGGAUGAGAUGGCUGUUGAGCCGCCGAUUGCAGAAUCUACUGUUUUGGUGGAGCCAGACUUUGAGUCAACCAGCACCAGCACGUCAGCUGGAAGCCCGCCAAGGCCUCCUGCAAAGCGCAGCAGGAAAUCUCACAGUGAUUCGCUGGCGGACACGUUGAUGGGACUGAUGCGCACAACAGACGCAGCGCUUCACAGAAUGUCUGCGGAGGGCAGACCGGACUUCAUUGCAGUGGCCUGCCAAUGCAUAGAACACAAGUUCAGGAUGGUGCCACCACAUCUCCUGCCUCAAUUGGAGAACAGAGUUCAAAACCUCAUUUUUAAUUUUUUCGAGGAGCACAACCUGUACACACACACAAAGGACUCUUAAUAUACAGCAUCUCACAAA